AUGCCUUACGCCACAAUCAACGCUCACCGCAUCAACUACUAUGACACCACGGACAGUGAGCCGAACCGUGGAAGUGGCCAUGCUCCUAUACUGAUGAUCCAUGGGCUCGGCUCGUCGCAAAACUACUACUUGCCUGUCAUAGCAUAUUUACCAACUUACCGCUGCAUAGCGCUGGACACAUAUGGCGCGGCUCGGUCAAAGUCACAAGGUGAAACUCUGACGCUGGAGGAGUUGGCUGACGACGUUGUCGGGCUCAUGGAUCAUCUUAGCAUUACAAAAGCUGUCGUAGCUGGUCACUCCAUGGGUGGUACAAUGGUCUGUACAAUUGCUGCGAAACAUCCAGAUAGACCACUUGGCAUUGUCGCAAUCGGUCCGGUCAACCCAGCUUCUGUGAAACCAGAGAUGUUUCAAUCCCGUAUAGACACCGUCAAGACAGACGGCAUGGAGCCGUUGGCUAACACCAUUCCUACCUCGGCCACCAAUGCGAAGAGUACACCUUUACAGCGGGCGAUAAUCCGCGAGCUCAUUCUUGGCCAAGACCCGACUUCGUACGCAUCGCAUUGCGAUGUUAUCAUGAAGAUGAGGGAACCUCCGGGCGGAUUUAAGACAGUUAAGGUUCCAGUGCUUAUUCUCGCCGGCGAGGAAGAUAAGUCAGCUCCUCUAGAAGGCUGCCAGUACAUUCACGACCGUCUAGGCUCUACCAGCAAGAAGCUUACCGUGAUGUCCGGUGUAGGUCACUGGCACUGCAUAGAGGCCGGUGAGCAGGUGGCAAGAGAAAUAGCAGCCUUCUGCUCCGAGCUUUAG